AUGCGUAUAUCAUCCAUCGUCCACUUCAUCACUGCCCUCCUCACCUUCGCCCCCCUCCGAGCCCUCGCGGCCGACACCCUCUACACCGACGCGGUCACAUAUUGCGCCGAGGCCAAGGCCGUCAUCGUCGACGAGUUUGGAAUCACCUACCACCGCAGUAACCAAUCGGUCACUUUCAGCUUUUCCCUCGCAUCGGUCGAGUCGAACCUGAACGUGUCGGCGAAUUUGUAUGUGAAUGCGUUUGGGAUCGAGGUGGUGAACCAGACGCUGGAGAUUUGUGAUUUGUUAUCGGGUGUCGCUUGUCCUCUGCCCCAGGUCAAUUUUUCUGGUUACGGCACGUACCCUAUCCCAUCCAGAUACACCCAGGACAUCCCAUCCAUCGGUUUCUCCGUCCCCAAUCUCGAAGCCUAUGCCCGCGUCGAGCUCCUUCGAGUCGAAAAUGGCGAAGUCGCCGCUUGCCUCCAGGCUACCCUCGCCAACGGCAAGACUACCAAGCAGCGCGCUGUCGUCUGGGCCACCGCCAUCUUCACCCUCGUUGCCUUCCUCGUGGCACUAGCGCAUACCGCUUCUGCAACAAGCCCGUCACCGAUACAGUACCGCUGGUUCGACAUUCUAUUCAUAUUCCAAACCGCCGCUGCGACAGGUCUGCUACACCUGAAUUACUCGCUAUCCUACUCGGCGUUUGUGCAAAACUUUUCCUGGGCGCUGGGGCUGUUCCACUCGAGCAAUAUGCAGAGCAGCAUCAACAAGAUGCGCGCCAAGACGGGUGGUACGAUGGACUCGGAAGCGUACUCGGACGUGCAGUAUAUCAACCGCAAGUUUUCGCCAUACAAUGUGUAUGCCAACGUCAACGACAUUGGGUCGUCGACCGAGUCUUUCAACACUUUUGUGGCUGCCAACUCCAUCUCGAAACGGGAUUUGGAGGCGCACCACUUGUCAAAGCGUGUCCAGAUCGCUUCGGCCCUUGCGCAGAAUGCCACUACAGACCUCAACACUGGACUUCCCGUCUACACCAACACUAUCAACAUUCCCGAAGCCAACGCCUACAGCACGGUAUGGUUUGCCUUUUUGGCGUUGAUUGCAAUUUUCAUCGCGUUCCAUGCGGUCCUCUUUGGCUUUGUGAUAUUGUUUGAAAAGAUGGGCCAUGGGCGAAAGGGCAUGUACUGGGCGCCGAGGCUGAGAAAGAUGUGGUGGCCAUUCUGUAUCGGAAACGCUCUCCGACUCUGCAUGAUCGCCUUUUUCCCCAUCUUCAUCUUUGCUUUCUGGCAAUUCCACAUAGGCGACUCUGGUCUCGCCAUCUUCUUUGCCGUAUUCGGCAUCCUCCUCUGCUUCCUCCCCCUCCUCGCCGCCUUCCUCCUCACCCUCCGCCGAUCUCGCACCACCUCCCAGCUCAACCCCCAAGUCAACCCGAUCUACGUCUCGUACCGAUAUUUCCACUCUUUGGGCGUGCUUUACAGGCAGUAUAGGGCCAAGUAUAAUUGGUUCUGGUUUGCGCCGUUUGUGCUUGCCAUGAUUGCCCGAGCGGGGUUUAUCGCUUUUGGGCCCGCGAACGCUUGGGCGCAGGUCAUUGGCAAUAUCGUGGUGGAGGCUAUCGUCUUUGUGGCCAUGAUGAUUACGCGACCGCACAAGGACAAGAAGGGCGAUUGGCUCGGCGGGUUCUUGAGUAUGUGUAGAAUGAUCUCCUUUGGGCUGUUGGUGGCGUUCAUCCCGAGUGUGGGGGUUAGGCCGAUCCCGAGGGCGGUCAUUGGGUUUGUGAUCAUCGUGUUUACUGGUAUUCCCGUCGUCAUCCUCUUCUUUGGGUUCCUCUGGAACAUCGGCUACGGGUACCUCUGGCGCAAGGACACUACCCGGAUCGAAGACGGCCUCGAAGUCGAGCGCUUCUCCCCCACCUCCUCAAACUCGUCCGUCCCGGCUCCCAUCAUGAAAGAGAUGGACGCCCAUGACUUUGUGUCGUCCGAUGCGGCCGCGAGGAGUCGAGCGUCUUUGAAUGGUUAUGGCGCUGGGGUUGGAGCUGGGGCUGGGUUGGCCGGUGCAGGCCGACGGGCGACGGACCAUUCUGGUAGCGGCUCAGGAAGCUCUAGCAGCGAGCUCCACACACCCAUCGACCCGCCUUAUCCUGGUCACAACUACCGCCCAUCCUCCUACCCUUCCGGAAAGCAGUACACCUCCGAGCCGUACUCCCCCACAUCGCCGGUAUCGCAAUACCACUCCCCAACAUCCCCCACCUCCGCCUCAGCAGCAGACGCUUACGCUCAAGCUGCGAAUGGUAGUUAUCCGAGAUCAUCGGGCGGGUAUGGGCAGGUGGAUACGGAGAGUCCUUCGUAUAGGUACUCGAGGGAUGCGGACGGGUAUGAUGAUGAGGAGAGGGCGUGGGCAGAGGCGAGACGGUAUCAGUAA